UGGUUUGUACUCAGGCAUCGUAUCGAACAGUCACGUCGCGCUGUUUGCAGAACGGACCAAUCAAUCCACCAUGGCAGCGUCCGGUGGAACUUUAAACUGUGAGGACUUUUCAAUGUUUCAGGAGGUUCUGAAGGUGAUGCGCAACAUAGAUGACCGCAUUGUCCAUGCCCUCAACACCACAGUGCCCACGGUCUCCUUCUCAGGCAAAGUGGAUGCCACACAAACGUGCAAAGAACUCUAUGAAUCUAUGAUGGACGCCCACCUGACCAGAGACAAAGCCAUCAAGUCCUGUAUAGCGCAAUCUUCAGAGGAGGUGGCACAACUGCGUAAACAAAGAGCAAAAGACAGCGAAAACCUGGCUCUCAUCAAACUGCUCAGAAAGGAGCAGACCAAAUUAAAGCUCAUGCAGUCAGAGCUGAAUGUUGAGGAAGUUGUCAAUGAUAGAAGUCUGAAGCUUUUCAGCGAAAGGUGCCGAAUCCACUACACGCCUCCGAAGGUGAAGUGAAGCAGCGUCUGAUCAGAGCAGCUGCUUUCCUCGGGGUUUGAAUCCAGACUGGAUGUGAAACUAUGACCUGCUGCCACAUCUCGACUGCAGACCAUUCAGACCGAUCCGACUUCUCCUACAACACCCUUGUAUUCCAUUGUGACUUCUGUAUUGGAUCACCACAGCUGUACCGCAGUCAUUGGUUUGCUUCUUUACUGGGAAACAUUGUACAAAAAGAGUGUUUUUGUUUUUUUUAAUAAGAAAAUGAAAUGUUUCCAAGCGGCGUGUUGUCUGCUUUUGAAUGCCAUUUUCGUGUGAUACCUGCAAUUAAGUGGUACGGUUUAAUCUUCCUACGCUGCUCUGCGAAUUUAAAUAUUUUACAUUUGAAACAAAUGUCAGUUGAUCUGUGUACAGACAUUCAUGGGUCCCGGAAAAUUCAUCUUAAUGAAUGUGAGCAUGUUAACGUUCCGUGCGAAUCACCGCCGUGCCGCAGAACAACGUCACAAAGCUGUAGACGAGUGAUGUUGUUAAUCUUCAUUCCUUGACUCAGCAAACUUGUUAGACCGGUGAUUAGUACGUUUACUCAUGUUUUUAAUCUUAAGAAUGUUCACCUGUCACCUAAUGCAUGGUAGGACACAACCAUCAUGUGAUUCGGGAAGAAAGAACAAACAUAUUGCUUGAGCUAUUUCAAUAAGUUUACGAACUGUAGAUUUCAACAGCAAAUAAUGUGUGUUUUACACCUUUUAUACCAGUAUUUCUGCCUUGAAUUCUAGCUUCUAUUCAGACACCCGUUGUGUUCUUGUUCUUCUCCUUCUGUUAACUUGGCCCACAACGACAAAAAGUCCAGUGCUUUCGCUGCUUCAGUAGUAGGUGGAAAUUCUGUUCCUAUUUUUGGUUAAACAAAUUCCAUAAAAAGACCAAAUCCGACAAUAAAUUGACCCCACCACUUUGAUAGGGGAGGUGUAAUCUAUUCAUUGGUUAGAAAAUUAAUUAAUAAUUUCAUAGCUUGAUGGAAAACAUGUUAAAAUGAGAGAUUUAGCUUUCUGUCUUCUACUUUUACAUGUAUUUUUCACUAUGGUUUUACAUGACACACACCUCACGGACCGAGACGACACCGGUGGAAUCCUCCUUCAGGCAUUCAGAAACAGAUGAUAAACUGUGAAACUGUACUUAGGAAUGAGGCACACAAAUGUUACUUGUUUCUGACAACAAUUGGUGCUGCUCCUGUAUCAUUUUGUAUUUGACGAGUUCACUGUGGUUUAGAACAGAUAGUUAAGAUACAAUGAUCACAAUCAGGUUCACGCCGGAUGAGACGCACCGGCUCUGUCAAAAUCUUUGAAGAAAUGAAUGUUUUUGGUAAAUGUAAAAAGUGUUAUUUAACCCUUAAGCCUCACUUCUGCUUUUCUAGGGACCAAAAUGUCACAGAAAAUGCUAGUAAGUCAUGUUUUACUGUUUUUAUAGUCAUAGUAAACCCAGAGGCCUGGGUACACGGGCUCGGUGAAGGUGGUGUGAAAGGUGUGUCAGUGUGUUGGAGGAGACUUUGUAGAAGGACAGAGUGUCUGCAGACCAGUCCAGAUACACACCGAGUGUGGAGCAGCAAUCAGAGUGAGGAGGAGACUGCCACACACUUUCUUUCUUUCUAUGUCUUUCCCAUAAGCAUAAUCCUGGCCAAAAGCUCACCAUAGGGGGACAACAUCAAAAUAAUAUAUCUGAACCAUUUCCCUUUCUUUCAAUGAUGGACUUUCUGACCCGUAAAAUUUAGAAUAAAAUGUCUGAAAACUGC